UUCGGAGGGUUCAGCCCGGCUCUCCCGAGGGCAGCCCCGAAAAUGAACGGCAGCCGUGUCUUCUACACUGAAGUAGUCAUGGGACAAAAAAUGUGUCCUAAGGGGGUGGAAAACUAUGUGGCAUCCAUAGUGCUGAGUGCAGUUGGUGACACGCUGGGAUAUUACAACGGGAGAUGGGAGUUCCAGAAGAGUGGCCCAGUCAUCCACAAGGAGCUGGCAGACAUGGGGGGACUGGGCAACAUCAGCCUCCAAGGUUGGAUAGUCAGCGAUGAUACCGUGAUGCACUUGGCCACGGCCGAAGCCCUGGUAGCAGCCGGGAAAAACCCAAGAUUACCACAUCUCUACACUCUGCUUGCAAGGAACUACAAGGAGUGCAUGAAUGACAUGGAGGGCAGAGCUCCAGGUGCCACGUCUCUGGAAAGCACCACGAAGCUGGAUCCGGGGCAGCCGAACGGCUGGCAGAUCCCGUUCAGCCCGCGGGCAGGCGGCUGCGGGGCCGCCAUGCGCGCCAUGUGCAUCGGGCUGCGCUUCUACCAGCCUGCCCAGCUGGACACCCUGGUCAAAGUCAGCAUCGAGAGCGGCCGCAUCACCCACCACCACCCCACCGGCUACCUGGGGGCCCUGGCCUCAGCCCUCUUCACGGCUUAUGCAGUGAACAGCGUGCCCCCCGUGGCCUGGGGAAAGGGGCUGAUGGAGGUGCUGCCACAGGCAAAAGCCUACGUGCAGGAGUCCGGCUUCUUCGUGAAGGAGAACAUGGAGCAAUGGUAUUACUUUGAAGAGCAGUGGAAAAAAUACCUGGCAGAGAGAGGCAUCUCAGAUGGGGUCUCGUCGCCCAAAUUCCCAGCCAAGUACGGCGUGGAAGAGAGAGACUCGUUCUACGCCUCCCUCAGCUACAGCGGCUGGGGAGGCAGCAGCGGGCACGACGCGCCCAUGAUCGCCUACGACGCCCUGCUGGGCGCGGGGGACUCCUGGACGGAGCUGGCUCACCGCGCCUUCUUCCACGGGGGGGACAGUGACUCCACGGCUGCCAUCGCCGCCAGCUGGUGGGGCGUCAUUCAUGCCUUCAAGGGGGUUCCCCCCUCCCUCUACGCCCACCUGGAGUACAAGGACCGCCUGGAGAAGGUAGCCAAGGGCUUGUACAGCAUCAUCUAGGCAGGACAUGGCAGGGCACCCCACAGGCACACUUACCCAGGGCUGUUCAGUGCUCUCUUGCUUGGUUUGCAAACCUGCCAGUUGAAUCUCAAGAAUGUAAGCCAGAGCCAGACCUGCCUUUUCUCUGUGUGCUGGCUUCAGUGGGGAGGCCACACUGGUGCUAGUUUGGGGCUGGUGUUUUGAUGGGAACACACAGUGGUCCCCCAAGACAUCCCUCCUGUGCUGUAGGGUGGCUGCAUAUCACCUGGUCCUCAAGAGGAGCAGGAGCACCCACAGCACCCACAGCAGCAGCAGGACAGGCAGCAAACCCUGCUCAGGCUGCCCCAAACCAGCAUCCUCCCCCUACAAGGAGAGCAGGGAGCACAAGCAGCCCAUUGUGUCUGGGGACAACCGAGCUUUCUCAUAAAAUUAUUUUAGCAGAGGAUGUUUUUUGUUUCAAAUGAAUGUGGAAAAAACCCCAAACCCGACCUUAAAGGUGUAUGAGCAGUGCAUUUUAUCCAAUUCCACAUCACUUCUGCCAUACAGGUAGGAAUGCAUCAUGCUAACUUCCCUAUUUCAGUGAAUGUGGGAGAAUUCAAGACUCCUGACCAAAUCCUUACUUAAGGGAAAAAUGGGUAAGGAAAAUUAACAGGUUGCAUUGUACAUCAGCUUCUGCAGUGAACUAUAUUCUGCUUUCAUCAAGGUUAUUAAAGGUAAUUUGCUUAACAUUUGCUAUGCAUAAUUCUACUAAAAUAAUAUUUUUCUUCAAAUCCAGACUAUGACACAGCAAAGUACUUAAACUGUUUUCAAAACAAUUUCAAAACCAGUUUAUCCCAUUCAAUAAAAAGACCUGACAGA